GUGCUACUCCGUGGUGGCUGAUCUUUGUGUACUUCCUUGGCUCUCUGGUGAUCUGCUUCUUGGUUAUGCUGCUCUCACUCUACAGCUCAUUCUGGUGCUACAAGACUGUCAAGUCAACUCUGUGUCCCCCCGACCAACUGCCUCCACACUUGAAGAAGUAUCUUUGUGCCUCUCCUGGGUCUGACAUUCCCCACCUCCUCUCCCCGGAUUCUGAAUCAGAGCUGUUGUGCGAUAAGGUGACCGUCUGUCCAGAGUCACCGGUCCUGGAAAUCCACAACCCUGCCCCUGAGGCCCUGCCGGUUUUGCCAGCAGACCGGGAGCCAGACAGCAGCGGCAGACACAGUCGUCAGGACAGCAGCAGCAGCAGAGACUCGGGGGUUUACUCCACAGGUGGCAGCUCCAGCCUGCAGCAGCCAAGCAGCAACCAAUCCUCAGGACAGGCCCCCUUCGACAUGGAGCAGGUGAAGAUGCAGGACAUGGCUUCAGGGCUGAAGAGUCAGCUUCUGACCGCAGACGAGGGCAUUGUAGACAUGUGUGUCUGAAGACAUGCACGUGAAAAGACGUUAGCUGAGAAGAGCCUGAAGCAAGGAUGAUAUUAAGGAAGAAAAUGUGCAACAUGCCUUUUCUCUAGCAGUCACUGUGAGACUGAUAGAAACUGUGGAGAAAAUAUAAGAAAUCACAAGAUGAUGACAAACUUGCACAGGGAACAUCUUGAUCUGCUGUCACUCAGUGUUUCCAGUUUCCAAGGAGGAAGGGUGUACUCUUCACUGUUGCAGGGUUCCUACACAGUAAGGAAAAAUCUGGAAUUUGAUUUUAGUUAUUUCCAGGCCUGGGUAAAUAUGUGGAAAGAGAGUAUGGAAAAAUAUGUGUGUUUCCAGAGCUUUGCCCCUAUUCUGUUCCCUAAAAUAUAAAAUUCAAGAAUUUCUGAAGGUAAAUUGAUCAUACAAGCAUUUUUCUCUUGGCGUUUGGAGCAGGCAACCAGCACAGCCAAAUGUUUCCCACCAUGUGCCAGAACACAGAGGUGCUUUGGUUUCUUAUUUUACAGUUUGUGUUAAUAAUGAUCUAGUCUCGCAUAGCCAGACCUGUCCGCACCUGGUUUUAGCCUGCCAGUGCUGGAGAAAGGUUGGGCUAAAUCCAUUAUUGUUCUGGUAUAGGGGGGCUCCAAUUGCCUCACAGUGGCCGUUGCCCCCAUGGCCACGUGUUGGCACCACCACUGCCAGAGUGAGCUUGAUGUCGUCAAGGGCAAGGCAAGAAGUAUGGCGUGCGACUGAACGAUGAUCACGUCACACACCACGUCCCACAGCCCAGCUCUGCUCCAGGUGCCUCAUAACUACAGGGUCUUAAAAAGUCUGUAAAGGUGAUAAAUCAGUUUCGCGAAAAUUAAGGCCAUUUAAAAAGUCUUAAUCGCCAUUUAACAAGGUAUUCAAUUGUGAAGAUUUUUUUUCAAUGUGAAAUCCUGUUUAUAAUGCAUAGCCAAAAAUACUUGGCAGUGAGUAGCGACUGUGUGAUUCGACUCUGUAAUGUUAGGCGCAGGGAUCUACUGUGCGCCUGUUUCACUCUUAAACACUCCAAAAAAUAGAUCCAUGCAACUGGAAAAUGAUUUACGAGUACAACCAACUGUAAUCUCCCACCCCACCGGACCCUCAAUGCUAAUUGUUCAAAACAUAGUCGGAGUGGCGAUCAGGAGUAACGGGAUUAACGGUCGCUCUGUGGCCACUUGAACAGCCCCGUUCCUGAAAAAUAAGAGCGAGAUGCGCCGCCAGUGGCUGAAUCGGUGGGUUUGGCUAUGGUUAGCUGGCUAUUUAAUUAAAUUGGUGCCUUUUAUUGAUCGGGUUUAAAAAAGUCUGAUGUGCUGCAACAAACAAUACAAAUAUAAAUGUUGAACUCAUUGUUCUGCAUAAAUGGGUAUGAUUACUGACUAGUUAGUAGCCUGCCUAAAGUCAAGGUUGGAGAAUAUCAUGUAGCCUAGAGCAUUUUUCUUGCACAAAGACAGACUGAAACAGCUGUAAUUUGAAUUAAUAUUAUUACAAUAUGUUGAAAAGGUAUUGAAUUUUACUUCCUGUAUAUACCCUGAACUAGCACAUUCUGACAUCUGCUACCAAAUUAGAUGAUUAAAGCAACAUCUUCAUCUGCAUCACAAAUAACCAAAUAUUAAGUGUGUCUGAGGAUCUAGUUAUGCAGUGGUUUGGUCAUCAGAAAAGUAAACCCACCGUGAGGACCUUUAUGGCUGCAUUCAUCAUCGUUUCCAUGGAUGCAAUAAACACGACUGCCCAGACGCCAUGAAAAUUAAAUGAUUAAUUUUUUUCCAUCUCAUUUUCGGUUCUUACUUAUAAAAGAGAAUAAAAAACAUGGGGGGGGGGUUAAUAUAAUAUUAUUUAUUGAUUAUUUUAAGUCAUAAGUCAUAUGAGUAGAGGCAGCACCGGUAAGUUUACUGAUUAUUAUUGCUUUUAAUGAGUUUAUGUAAUGAGCUCACAGGUGUUGAUUAGGUAGCAUUAAACAAACACAAGCAGAUGAAGUCAAAGUCGACUGACUUCUUAAAACCUGGUUGUAGUUGCAGAGGAGUGGGAAGCUUUGAAUGAACAGGGAGCAAAUACACUCAAUUACCAGUUUAUUAGGAACAUCUAGCUCUGCAGAAAGUUCUCUCAUAAUGUUCAGUUUUUGUUGAAAUAGUUUUAGAGACUCCUGUGGUUUUUGGGGCGGCUGAAUUGCAUUGUGUAAUUGUACAGGUGUUUUAAAUGGGUGGACAAAAUAACAGAAACACGUAGGUGUCGUUGCCACUUACUGACAAAAUGAUAUUUAGAAUUGUUCUGUUUAGCGUGUUGCUAAAAUGUGUGGUGAUUUAGAUGAACUGGAACAGAGAAAUCCUCUUUAAACAGGGUACUUUGACUGAGUGAUUUCUUCUGAUAUCCAGAAAUCCAUCCAAAACAACAUCAAAUGGAACAUUUUCCAUCCAAUUUCAUACUGAACUCGUUCUGCGUUGUUGUUGUUUUUUGUCUUAAACAAAAGAAAGGAAGGAUUUUAUUUCUGUCCUUUCUGUUCUCCUCUAACCAGCAAAGAAAUUCAAUAUGACUUUAGACCCAGAUAAAACUUCCUAGUAGUCACUAUUAUGAAAGCAAAGUUUUAGCUUUUGUGUGCAUAUAAUGUGUAUGUGUCUCCUGAGAUAAGCUUGUAUUCAUUCUAACAGGAGCAUUUGAAUACAUUUAUGAUUCUUAUAGAAUCUUGGUGGCAUAUUAGUUACAUUUGUUCUUACGAGAUAUUUGAGACUAUAUUUUCUUCAAAUUUGUCAUCUGGGUUUUAUUAUUUACACCCCUGUUCGUCUUUCAUGCCUGGUUUUUGUUCUUUUUAGUGAGAAGCUUGGUUAUAAAAGAACUUGCAUGUACACAUGUACAGUUGUACAUACAGGCACAGUUAAGUUAGUCUUGUAUGUUAACUUCAAAGUUUUACCUCACACAUUUAUCUGGAUCAUUUACUUCACAUUCCAAAAAGAUGGAAAGCUGAGCAAGCGUAUUUUGUGAAUAAAUGGAGCCGGGAGCGGGUCGUCUCUGCUCUGUGUACUUGUACAAUUUAUUGAAAUACUUUCAUCAUCAUCUGCUUUAUAACAAAAAAUAUGAAUUGCCUUUUCUGCGUCUGCAGUACUAGGAUGUAUGGCUGAUAUUCUGAGGCAGCAGACGGUAAGGAAAUACACAAAACAGGAACAAGUCAAACCGAUCUGCAUGUGGAAUGCGAUGGUAAACAAACGAGACAAAUAUCAAGUCAGGGCAAUUCAAAUUAAUGUAAAGUUUUCAACACCACAAAAUGGACAAAUGAUUAUACUUUUGGACAACUCAUUUAUUAAAUGUAACUUUCAUUUCCAGAAGCUUGCUCUUGCUUGACUUGUUGCAGUAUUUCCAGUCUGUUAUGCCUCAGCAUCCUGCCCAUCACGGUCUGUUGCUACGUCUGUUGAAAUUGUAUAUAAGCAUGUUGCGUAGCAGUGUACUGGUGAAGUGCACAAAGCAGUGGUGAUGUCACUGUAUAUGUCUGGUCUCACAUCUUUGCAUCUACUGCACCAAUGUUAAUGGACAAUCAUAAAAAUGAAAUAAAUCCUGUCUCAUCAAA